AUGGUGAACAAUUCUGACUCAAUUGCUACAGAUCCUCUUGGUCGUUCGCGCACUGAAAUUGGUUUCGAGGUGAGCCUGGCCAUUCUCGUUUGCCUUGCCUGUAUACCUGGAAAUCUGCUUGUUAUUUAUGUGAUUAAUAAAGACUCCAGGCUCAAGAGUAUCACCAACACUUUCAUCCGCAAUCUGGCACUAACUGACAUCUCCAUGGCGACGCUUCACAUGCCAUUUUGGAUCGUGAGCCUCUAUACUGGAACUUGGAAUUUCUCCCAACGGUGGUGCGAGAUAUCUGCAAUGAUACAAUUUACGCUGGGUAUCGCUUCCAUUCUAAAUAUGGGCGUAAUUGCACUAAAUCGAUAUAUAAGAGUUGUAAAACCAGCCCUUUAUAGCAGAAUAUUUCCCAGCAAGAGAACUGCUUGGUUUUACUGUGUUCUUGUCUGGUUGGUUGCUCUCCUAUGCGCCACACCUCCGUUGUACGGAUGGGGAAAGUUUGAAUUUCACGCGAAAUUCUCUGUCUGUACUUUCAGUUGGAAGAUAGAACAAAUUUCGUACCUCAUAUUAGUUGUUGGUGGGGUUGUAAACGGUUGUACAGUUGCAAUAUUUUAUUGCUACUAUAAAAUAUACCAAACAGUGAAACAAAGCUCGCUAAAUUUAAACGCGCACAACGUAGGGAAUCAGAGUGUCAAUGCUCGCCGUACGGACAUAAAAUUGUUGAAGGCAAGUUUUACUGUGGUUUGUGUUUUUGUGAUGACCUGGGGUCCAGUUUCCAUUGUGGUUGUUAUUGAGACUGCCGGGUGUAAAAUCCCGAGAGAAAUCUUCGCAACAGUUAUCUACCUGAUGUUCUCGAGUAGUUAUGUAAAUCCGAUUAUCUAUGGAAUAAUGAAUCCACAGUUUCAGCUGGCCUUCAAAAAAGCCCUAAGCUGUGGUCGGUAUGGCAACGAUAAUGUAAACCAGAACUGUACAGGAAAUGGAGCAAGCAAACGCACGACGAAUGAUGAAGGUCGACUAGCGGUCUCCACGCAAAAUUCUGCGUUUAGUAAAACACUGACGACUGAACAAAGCGUUUCAGAGCACAAAGAUGCUACGAUGUUAGGCAGUGUCCUGGAGUAG